UACACCACACAUUUUAUUUUGUUUUCAACGUUCUACACUGCUACAGUCCCCAAGAUAACUGUUAGAUGCUCAAGCAGUAACUGUACUCAAUCAUCAAUCGUUACCUCUCAAUAUUCUAGCUCAAUAUUGAUCAAUACGCGGCUAAAGGAACUCUAUCUUCGAUAAUUAUCACUUUUUUUAUAUAUAAUUUGCAAGAAAGCAUUUUCUUUCUCUGAACAAUAUCCGAUUGGAUAACAGAUGCUUCCUUCUUCUUUGGAGUAUUGCCUCCACUAACCUUCAGCCCUCAGUAAUUUAAUCUUCAGCUAACCUUUCCGACUGCUGCUAAUUUGAUCAUUACAGUCACCAAGUUGGUGGAAUCCGAUCAACUCACAAGCACCUUAUAGAGCUGCCAUGACAGAGCCAGAGUCUUCUGGCUCUAGACCAAAAGGGGCCUACGAUGUAUUUCUGAGUUUUAGAGGAGAAGAUAAUCGCAAGACUUUUACAGAUCAUCUAUAUGCUGCCUUUGUCCAAGCAGGAAUCCACACUUUUCGAGAUCAGAAUGAAAUUCCUAGAGGAGAAGAAAUCUCCAAACAUCUUCACAAGGCAAUUCAAGAAUCAAAGAUAUCUGUAGUGGUCUUCUCAAAAGGAUAUGCUUCUUCUAGAUGGUGUCUUAAUGAACUUGUAGAGAUUCUUGAGAGCAAAAAUAGAAAAACUGAUCAGAUUGUUCUUCCUAUAUUCUAUGACAUUGAUCCUUCAGAAGUGAGAAAACAGACAGGCAGUUUUGCAAAAGCAUUUCAUAGACAUGAAGAGGCUUUUACAGAGAAGGUGAAGGAGUGGAGAAAAGCUCUUGAGGAGGCUGGAAACCUAUCUGGAUGGAAUCUCAAUGAUAUGGAAAAUGGGCACGAAUCAAAAUUUAUCCAAGAGAUUGUCAAGGACGUGUUGAAUAAAUUGGAUCCCAAGUACAUAAAUGUUGCCACUCACCUAGUAGGUAUUGAUCCCCUUGUCCUUGCUAUUAGUGACUUCCUAAGUACUGCAGCAGAUGAGGUUCGCAUUGUGGGCAUACAUGGGAUGCCAGGAAUAGGAAAGACAAGUAUAGCAAAAGUUGUAUUUAACCAAUUCUGCUAUAGAUUCGAAGGAAGUUGUUUCCUUUCGAAUAUCAACGAAACAUCAGAACAAUCUAAUGGUCUGGUUCUUUUACAAGAACAACUUCUUCAUGAUAUUUUAAAACAAAAUACUGUUAACAUCAGUAAUGUUGUUAGAGGAAUGGUUCUGAUCAAAGAACGAAUUUGUCACAAAAGAGUUCUUGUUGUUGUUGAUGAUUUGGCUCAUCAGAACCAAUUAAAUGCUUUGAUGGGAGAGCGAAGUUGGUUUGGUCCCGGAAGUAGAGUAAUAAUCACGACUAAAGAUGAACACUUGCUUCUUAAAGUGGAUCGAACAUAUCGGGUUGAGGAAUUGAAACGAGAUGAGUCCCUUCAACUUUUCAGUUGGCAUGCCUUUGGGGACACCAAGCCAGCAAAAGAUUAUGUUGAGCUUUCGAAUGAUGUGGUUGAUUACUGUGGAGGACUUCCUUUAGCCCUUGAGGUUUUAGGUUCUUGUUUGUCCGGGAAAAACAGAGCUAGAUGGAAAUGUCUAAUUGACAAAUUGAGAAAAAUUCCAAACCGUGAAAUUCAGAAAAAACUUAGAAUAAGUUUUGAUUCACUGGAUGACCAUGAACUGCAAAAUACAUUUCUUGAUAUUGCAUGCUUUUUUAUUGGUAGAAAUAAAGAAUAUGUAGCAAAAGUACUAGAAGCCCGUUGUGGUUACAAUCCAGAAGAUGAUUUGGGAACUCUGAGUGAAAGGUCUCUGAUUAGAGUUGAUGCUUUUGGAAAGAUAAGCAUGCAUGAUCUAUUACGAGACAUGGGAAGGGACAUCAUUCAUAAAGAGUCACCUGGCCACCCUGGAAAACGCAGCCGAAUUUGGCAACGUGAGGAUGCAUGGAAUGUACUCAACAAGCAUAUGGGAACGGAAGUGGUAGAGGGUCUAGCGCUGGAUGCCAGAGCAUCAGAAGAUAAAUCACUUAGCACAGGAUCAUUUACAAAGAUGAGAUUCUUGAAGUUACUCCAAAUCAAUGGAGUACAUCUCACUGGACCUUUCAAACUGCUUUCUGAAGAGUUGAUAUGGAUUUGUUGGCUCGAAUGCCCUUUGAAAUCUUUUCCAUCCGAUUUGAUGUUGGAUAACUUAGUUGUUCUUGAUAUGCAGUAUAGUAAUAUCAAAGAAUUAUGGAAGGAGAAAAAGAUUCUCAACAAGUUGAAAAUUCUUAAUCUCAGUCAUUCAAAGCAUCUUAUUAAAACACCAAAUUUACACAGCUCAAGCCUAGAAAAACUAAUACUUGAAGGUUGCUCGAGUUUAGUUGAGGUGCAUCAAUUUGUUGGACAUUUAAAGAGCCUUGUUUUAUUGAAUCUGAAAGGAUGUUGGAGGAUAAAGAUUCUUCCCGAAAGUAUUUGUGAUUUAAAGUCUCUUGAAAGUUUGAAUAUUUCAGGAUGUUCACAACUUGAAAAGUUACCGGAACGCAUGAGUGAUAUUGAAUCCUUAACUGAGCUUCUAGCCGAUGAAAUUCAGAAUGAGCAAUUUCUCUCUUCAAUUGGACAUUUAAAGCAUGUGAGGAAGUUGUCAUUGCGUGUAUCCAAUUUCAAUCAGGACUCCCUAUCAUCUACAUCUUGUCCUUCACCAAUUUCAACAUGGAUUUCAGCAAGUGUUUUAAGAGUGCAACCUUUCUUGCCAACUUCUUUCAUUGAUUGGAGAUCAGUGAAACGUCUUAAACUUGCUAAUUAUGGUUUGUCUGAAAGCGCAACUACUUGUGUCUAUUUUGGAGGCCUGUCCUCUCUCCAAGAAUUGAAUCUAUCGGGAAACAAAUUCCUCAGUCUGCCUUCUGGCAUCAGCGUCCUUACUAAGCUGCAGCAUUUGAGAGUUCAGAAUUGCAGCAAUCUUGUAUCAAUUUCAGAGCUUCCCUCAAGUUUAGAGAAAUUGUAUGCAGAUUCUUGUAGGUCAAUGAAAAGAGUAUGUCUGCCAAUCCAGUCAAAAACAAAUCCAAUUCUGUCUCUAGAAGGGUGCGGAAACUUAAUAGAGAUUCAGGGCAUGGAAGGUCUAAGUAACCACGGUUGGGUUAUCUUCUCUAGUGGCUGCUGCGACUUGUCAAAUAACAGUAAGAAGAGUUUUGUUGAGGCAUUGCGCAAUGGUGGUUACGGGUAUCAGAUUCACUUCGAUGGUGGUACGAUGCCAAGUUGGUUGAGCUUCCAUGGAGAAGGAUCUUCAUUAUCAUUUCAUGUCCCUCCAGUUUUCCAGGGCUUGGUUCUUUGGUUUUCUUUAGAAAAUGUCAGUAUCAUGGAUGGUGAGCUUAUUAUAAAAAAUAAAAGCAACGGUAUUCAAUUGUUUAAAUCCUUAGAGCUGGCAAGCUUUGUGCUUCGUGGAGGUUGGAUAAGAUACGUAAGUAUAAGUGAGAUGGAAAUGGAAGAACAUGGCGGAGAUGGGGAAUUGGAACUCUCUGUGAAAUUGACCAACACAUAUAAUGCAGUGAAAGAAUGUGGGGUUCAUGUGAUCGCAGAGAUGCCCUCAUUUGAAGAGUUAGAAAUUGGAAGAGAUAGGGUGAUAUCUGCACCAUAUCAUUCCUUUUACGGUUCAAUAUCAUCUUCAACAAUCGAGCAGUGGAAAGAUUUUCUACUUAUGGAGUUCCCCCUAUCGAGAAUGGUCUUGGCGGGAGCUUUGUGCCAUUGCCCAGGUUUCCCAUGUGCUCUGGCCGGCUCUGCAGGAGUGUGAUUCUUGAUCAGCUGUAGAUUGUGUACCGUGCAGGCAUGAUUACAGGAGAGUGAGUGAUUCUUUAGGACAUGGAGUUUGUCUGGAGAUUAUGUACUGUGCUGGCAUGAUUGCAGGAGAGUGAUUCUUGCCUAAAUCUAGCAUAAAUGAUUCAUAUCUGCUGCAUUCCUAGUUAGCGCAUUAUAGUCAGUCCAGCUAGAAAAUAGCACUUCUUCAAAGUUCUGCUUUCCAGUCGCACACAGAUGUAUGGGUUCUUGCAAAUAUGAAAAAUCUGCUUCGAGAUAACUUUAGUAUAAGAACAAGAAAAAAAAAGACGAUGACAAUCUUUAUUUGCAUGUUUAGUAUAGACUGGAUAAAUUACUGGCAGCUGUAUUAUAUAAUCAAGUUCUACCUGAUCAACCUAGAAUCUUAUCUGGGGAAAUUGGAUACAAG